UCUAGUCAACGCUGUUUCCGGUUAAUAAGUAUGCUAACAAAGCUAAGGAUGAAAACGUGUUAAGGGAUUUUCGGUAUCUUUGGAUACAUGUUCGUGUUCGACUAAUUUGAUCGAUACCAGGGAGAGUAAUUUCUCAGUUGUGUUCCUACUUCAUUAUUAACCAGUCUUCUCUGUUUAGCGAACAAACUGGCUUCACGUGGUUGUGUCUUCGCAUUGUUAGCUUAGCUUUAGCCAUGCUCGCACUCUCUGCUCUCGCUUGUCUUCUGGUUCGCUCGCUGGCGACAGAAACCACAUUAACUAGCUAGCGCGGGUUUCUUCUGCAUUUGCCUUUUUGUUUUUCAGCAGUUCUAUGACGUUUUUUUUGAUUUCCAGAUUGUUAUUCUUUCUGCCACAUUCCAAGUGAGAGAAGAAUUCGAGCCUCCUAUUUUAACGCAUAUACUUAGCUGUUAGCUUAGCCUAGCUAGACACCCGGUUUUAGUUGGAGAACGUCGCUUUCGCUGGUUGACAGUUAAGUUUCACUUCUGACCGUUUUGAACCCACAGGUGAACCCCGGUAGCCAAAUACGAACUGUGAAUGUGUGUUUCACCGCUCCGCAUAGAGUCGGAGUAUUUCGUUUUAAACAUUUCGUUGGUUUGUGGUCAUUUUAUCUGCCACGAUGGCUUCCUCAUCUGGAAACGACGACGAUCUCACCAUCCCCAGAGCAGCCAUCAACAAGAUGAUCAAAGAAACUCUACCAAAUGUGCGAGUAGCCAACGACGCGAGGGAGCUGGUGGUGAACUGCUGCACGGAGUUCAUCCACCUCAUUUCCUCAGAAGCCAAUGAAAUAUGCAACAAGUCGGACAAGAAGACUAUUUCUCCCGAACACGUCAUCAACGCCCUGGAGAGUCUUGGUUUUGCAUCGUAUAUCACAGAGGUGAAAGACGUCCUGCAGGAGUGUAAAACUGUGGCUCUGAAGAGGAGGAAGGCCAGCUCUAGACUGGAGAAUUUGGGCAUCCCAGAGGAAGAGCUCCUCAGACAGCAACAGGAACUAUUUGCCAAGGCGCGGCAGCAACAGGCAGAGUUAGCUCAGCAGGAGUGGAUGCAGAUGCAGCACGCCGCUCAACAGGCACAGAUGGCUGCAGCAUCUGCCAGUGCUGCCCAGCAGGCCAGUUCCUCUCAGGAUGAAGACGAGGAAGACGACAUGUGAGCCCAGGACGGCGUUCAACUCCAUUCUUUUCUCUGGGACAUUUUUGGCUCACACAUCCUCCUCGUCGCUGUCACCGACAGAGACACAAGUAUUUCACUGCUGGCAAACAUCAGUGAUAUGUAGGAAAUGCACAUUUUGGUAUGGACAGUGAAGGGAAUAAUUAAGAGGGGGAUUUUUAAAGUGGCCACUCGUUCAGAUACCUGAAAAUAAUUUGGAUUGGCUGUUAAUGUAAUGAUUAGGCUCAUCUUCUGCCUCAUAUUUUCCAUUUGCUUCAGUUUAAUAAUCAUGGUAUGAUUAUGUUGUGAGUAUUUUGGUGGGUGUGUUUUUGAAGGUGCUGAAGUCCGCGGUUGCCUGGGAUACGUCUAUGGAUUUUGGUGAUAAUGCACCAGGACACGGCUAACUUUCAUUUUACAAGAUCACUUUGGUGGUGUAGGAAAUUUUGUUUAGUAGAGAUAUUGAUUCCUCAUUUCUUUUGCUUUGACUGUCUUUUUUUUUUCUUACUGAAAGGGUUCACUUCACCCUGGUCUAGGGAUACGUGUUAAAGAGGACAUUAUAUUUUUUAUUAGGUGAUGUUUUCUGAAGUGUGUUUGCGUGAGGAAAUGAAACCUAGUCGGAGCGAGUGUAAAUAUGGCUGCCAGUGGAGAUCAGCUGAUUUUAGCCACUGAAAAGGCCAAGCCUAUGAAAUCUUAAGAGUAUGUUUGACACUUCCUACUUGGAAAUUGAAGUUUGGAAACCUUGCAAUUUCCCACACCAAAGAAAAUCUGCAUUUUUAACUUGUGGUCACACAGGAGCUGCUGGUGUUAGUGCUGCCCUCAUGUGGUAUGUUUGUGUCGCUACGGUAAACUCAAAGUCAAGCAUCAGAGUCAGAAAGUAACACAUUUGAACUUACUUUUGGAUAAACAACCCCUGUGUGCUGUGUUGUGUUUUCACUGUGGAUGUUGGUGUGAGAGUGAGAGGUUUACAAAAACACAAACUUCAGUUUCAUUUCAGAAAUGUCUGAGUGACGGUGAGAUGAAGUGGUUAACAUUUUUAAGUUUUAACGAGCUGAGCCUUUAGUGAAGUUGCUGAACUGUAGUACGGUGGCUUUCAGUGCAUCUCGACACAUGGCUCAAUGAUUUGGUUCACUCUGAAACAAGCUUUGAACUUCCCAUCGUCCAGAAGAAGCUUCCGAAUCAGCUGAUUUUCUCAAGCUCCAAGGACGGCAUGUGUGCUUCCUGCCACGGGGGACGCUCGCCUCCGUCAACCACACUUCAAAUAACAUUAACUACCCCUUAAGUACAGAAUGCAAUUGGCAUUCUGCCUGAUUUUUAGCUCAAGUUGAAUAUUUAUGUUGCGUUGAACCGCCCACAGUAUUGCUCUUGAACUGCAACUUUCAGGAACAGAACAUUUUCAUCUCACGGAGCCAAAGACAGAACGGACAGACUCCAGGUCAAGGAUCUUGAAGUGGGGACUUUGUUGUAACAGUCUGAACUUCUUAUUUCCCCCCUCUGCUCGGGCGCAGUGUCAAACAUUUCCAUUGUGACUGUGCUCAGUUGUCGAUGUACGGACGAGUAACUUAGUUGUGAUACACUUACUUUAAAGUUGUAUUCUUCGAGCAAUAAAGAAUUUGUUUUAUAAA